AUGGCCUUGGGAGGCAUUGCCGCUGCCCUUUCAUUUGCAUCGCCCACUUCUCUCGCUCGGCCCUGCUCGGCCGCUCCGAAGCGAUCUCGUGGGCCAAGAGCGCAGAACGCAGAGACGCGCGCCCGUGACGGAACAAAGGGCCCGGGCGCCCGUCUCAGCUCAGCCACACAGGCUCAGCUCUUUCCUUCUCAGCUCCCCAUCUUCGCGUCAAGCAACCAUCCAUCCUCGAUCGCCGCUAUGAACCCUCUUAUUUCUACUUCGUAUCCGGCGACCGUCACUCCGCAUUCCUAUCCUCAUGUCAGCUUCGCACCCGGCACCCAUUUCGUCUUCCGCGAGGGCGAGUGUCUCGAUCCUUGGGUCGCUUCGGAUGACGACGUCGACCACAAAUUCUGCUCCAACAGCGUCUUUGCGCGCAUCUUGGAGAGCCAACUCUUCAUCAACAACACCAACUCGCUUCUGCUCCACUUUAAGUGCCUUCCUCGCUCCACCGAACGCUCGCACACGGCACCCAACUGGGUCUACUACAACCAAGAAUACAACUGGAUCCUUGACCUCUUUUGUCUGCUCGACUACCAGGUAAUGCCCAUCCCCGCAGAUCCACUCGCGCAGUUCAAGCUGGUCACCGCCGACGGAAAAGAAAGGCUACCACGACCGCCCAUCAAAAUUCGUAUCGCGGCGAUGCGCUCCGACAUCAGCCAGCUCUCGGAACUGCUGCGUCGUGAUUUCUGCACCGAACUGCGCCCCGACAAGAUCCUCGAGCAUGUACCCGCAUUCUUUCGCCAGCGAUACAGGGUCAUUGGCGCCAUUCAGAAGCUGUACACCCAGCACGCGGCCAUGCUCUCGCCCGAUGACAACAUCUUCUUCUUCCGCAAGUGCAAGGUGUGCGCGCUCUACGACCCGCAAAUCAUCCGGUUCUCGCAAGAUCUACACGCAGUAUUCCUGCGCACCUUUCACGGCGAGGACAUCAGCCCCGUCUGA